AUGAAAGCCUCGCGCAGCGCUGCACUCCUUGCCGCUGCGCCUCCCCAUGUGGUCCCUCUUUGGGUGGACAUCGAGCCAGAGGGAUUUGCUGAAGACGCUGAUGAAGAUAGCACACAGGAGCCGUCUGCUGCUGCGCCAGCUGCUGCACCUGCUGCUGCUGCUGCAAAGCCUGCCGCUGCGGAUGCUGCUAGGGCACCUGCUGCAGCUGCAGCACCACCAGCAGCAGCAACGCUGCAAGGAGGUAUCUUCGGGGAUCUUCCCAUACCAAAGCCAGCGCCGCCAUCAGGUUCACUGUUCACCUUUGGCAGCAGCAGCAACCACGCCAGCAGCAGCAGCAGCAGCAGCGGGAAGCCACCGCCAAUCUUCACUUUCAGCGCUGGGACUAGCAGCAACAGUGUGGGGAGCAGCAACAACAGCAACAACAAAGGACAGUCUGCACCUUUUAUAUUUGGCGCCGGGAGUGGCAGCAGCAGCAGCAGCAGCAGCAACAGCAACAGCGCACAGAUUACUCCGCUCUUUGGACAGCCCCUGGGUGGGGGUGCAGGCGGCGCUGCUGCUGCUGCUGCUCCGUUUUCGCUGUUCGGGGCCAGCAGCAACACAUCAGCCGCUGGCAGCAAGCCUUCGCUCUUUGGUGGCAGCAGCAACACGGGACUGUUUGGCGCUGCUGGCAGCAGCGGGACAACAGCAGCAGGGGGACGGGGGUUGUUCGGCGCAGCACCUGCAGCAGCGGCCGCAGAAGGUAAACCUUCUCUCUUCGGCAGCAGCGGCAGCAGCAGCAGCGCAGCAGUGGGCAGCAAGCCGAGUCCGUUUGGAAGCAGCGGCGCAUCCUCAAAGGGUCCCUUUAUAUUCGGUGCUUCCAACAGCAGCAACACGAGUGCAGCAGCAGCAGCACCAGCAGCACCUGAGAAGCCGUUUAUCUUCGUAAGCAGCAGCAACACUGCAGCGGCCCCCCAGCAGCCUUCCCUCUUUGGCGGCAGCAGCAGCAGCAGCAGCAGCAGCGCAGCAGCGAAAGCAGCUCCGAACCUCUUUGGGCAGCCACUGGCUGCCCCCAGCCACUCAGGCGCAGCCCCAGCCUCUGAAGGGGGCGGAGGGAAAAGAAGCAGGACAGAGCCAGAGGGGCCCCCCGCGAAGAGUUUGCUGCGGAGCUCGGAAGCAGGGAAGGGGGGCCCCCCAGGGGCCCCCGUGCAGGGGGCCUCCAUCUUUGGGGGCGCGUUGCUGUCGUCCAGCGAGGGGUUGGGGGCCCGCCCGGCCUUCGGCCUCUUCGGCAGCCAGCAGCAAGACAGCAGCAGCAAGCAGCCAGCAGCAGCAGCAGCAGCAGCAGAAGCCAGGCCUUCGGGGGGCGCCAGCAUCUUCGGGGGGCUUGGCACCACGGGGGCCCCAGGCGCAGGAGGCAUUCCAGGCUUUGGGUCGGGGCCCCUCCAGGGGGGGAACUUCAUCUUUGGGAAACCCCCAGCAAGCGGGACCUCCCCAGCCAGCAAGGGAGGGUAG